AGUACGUGCUGAGGGUCCAAUUUCCUUCUCCGGAGGUGAAUUCCGUUUUCUCUUUACAUACGUCUCGCGUAAAUGGGAUUUUGAGCGGACAAAAUGCUUACAAUUUUGUCAGUGAUCUUAUUCGGAGGAACAGUUGCUUUGGCAAACAGUAAUGCUCAACUGUUCAUAACAGCUCCAAAUAUCUUCCACCUCGGCGUGGAGGAGACAGUAUCAGUUAUCAUCUACAGCAGCGACAGGCCCGUCAAUGUGACAGUGAUCGUUCAAGAUUUUCCUGAUAAAAAAAUUAAAUUGGCAGCCGCCAGUGGAGUUUUUACCAAUGAGGUUCCUGGUUUUUUGAAACUCAAGUUGGAUCCAAAAGAUUUCCCCGUGGAUGUAACUGAUGAAGACGAUUUAGCCACUCAUCGCUACGUCUCCCUUGUUGCCAAAUCUAACGAUAGCGACGUAACCACAAACAAAGAGGCGAAGGUGCUCGUUAGUUUUCUAGAUGGCAUUGUUCUGCUACAGACAGACAAGCCAAUUUACACUCCACAACAAAGUAGCAGCCUGGAGUAUGCUAGAGGUUUUAUCACUCAGAUAUUUGGUCUUAGUGAGUUUGCGUUAACUGGUCAAUGGACUGUAGUCGCACUUCACGGACAUGAGCCACUCCAUAAAUUUCAACUAAAAUUAUUGAGAUGGCAACAAAAUUAUUUACAGUUACAGAAUGGUAAAGCUAGCUUUAAUAUCACUGUUGACGACAUUAAGACCACCCCUGGACUUCCGUGGUUCCCGGAUGGUCGGAGACUCCAGAUCGAGGCCGAUGUCGUCGAGAAAACUUCUGGAAAGAAAGAGAGUGCAAUAGACAAUGGAAUUUACUUCGUCAAAUCUCCCUUCAGGAUUGAUCACAAAGCAACUGCUGAGUUCUUUAAACCCGCUCUUCCUUUCCUAGUCAAGGUCGACCUGAAAUACCCAGAUAAAACGCCAGCCCGUGGAGUCCCAACGUCCAUUUCGGUAACUGGAACCACGCACUCUGGGAGCGAAAUUGACAUAGGGAAGGUUGCGAGUAAGAGAGACAACGUGAAUUUUGAAGACGCGACUGACAAUCAGGGACGAGCCAAUUUCGUCAUCGACGUACCAGGAAAUGUCAGAAAAAUGAACAUCCGAGUGGGAACAGAAAAAGACGAUUUCGACCAUAACACUUUUGUAGAGUUUGAUGUUCAGGCUUACGAGUCUCCUUCAAGAACAUUUUUGUACGUCAGGGCCAUUAGGGAGAAGCAGUAUUUUAACUGUGAUGUGUUCGUUAACAAGAAAGCCUCAAAGAUCACCUUCAUGGUAAUUGCACGCGGCAGGAUGCUACGUCAAUGGGUCAAAGUCCAAAGGGUGGGGGUGAUAUCCAGCUUCCGGUUCAAAAUUCUGCCAGAAAUGUCUCCAUCAUCGCGUCUAGUGGCCUUCUUCAUCGGAGAAAACGGUGAAGUUGUUUCAGACAGUGUAUUGCUUGAAAUUGACGAUGGACUACCAAAUAAGGUUGAAUUUAACGAUGAAUCACCGGGUAAGCAAAAGAAUCCAGGUGUUCCUUACAAGAUUCAGUUAUCGGCAACUCCUGGGACGAGAGUCGCACUUCUAGCUGUCGACAAAAGUGUUUAUAUCCUCAGAAACCGAGAAAAGCUCAACAAGAAAAGGGUAUUAAAUAGCAUGGAAUCCCUCGACCUUGGAUGUGGCGUAGGGUCUGGUAGCGAUAGUCAGGAUGUAUUCUAUAAAAGUGGAAUUGUUGUAAUCACAAACACAAACAUCGCAAGUAGAGGACGUUCUGACUUUUCCUGUCCUCAAUCAAAAACCAAACGAAAAAGGCGUUCGACCGCAGAUGUGACUCAGUGCUGUAUGAGUGGUCAGAUUCCCACGAGAGCGACCUGUAUGCUACGUGCGAAGUACUUCUUUGCUAGUGCUAGCAAAGAUUGCAGAGAAGCGUUCCUCCAGUGCUGCUUUAAUUUUACUGGAGAGAAAGACCCAAGAAAGACAGAAGUUAAAGUUCGUGCAAGAUCAUUUAAACAGUCUGACGAUGAGUUUGAAGAUGAAGAAAUCAGUCAGGGGCAAAUAAGAAAAUAUUUUCCUGAAACUUGGAUAUUCAUGGACGAUGUUGUUGGCCCAAACGGGAAAUUUAAUCUCUAUACAAACCUGCCAGACACCAUCACCACCUGGGUUGUACAAGCAGUUGGAAUUUCAAACCAGACAGGGUUAGGAGUUGCUCGUCCAUUAAACAUUCAAGCUUUUAAGAAUUUCUUCGUCUCCCUUCGUCUCCCAUAUUCUGUUCAGCGAGGGGAGCAGAUCUCUAUCAUUGCUACAGUCUUUAACUACGGGAAGUUUGAAUUAAAGGUUAAAGUAAAGCUAGAAGAAAGCAAGGAGUUUUGUACCAAUGCUCCCACAGGCCAAAAGUCAGCGGUGCUAAACCUGGAUAUAAAGGAAAACGAUGCAGGAUCUGUUACAUUUCCAAUAGUACCCAUCAAACUUGGAAAAGUGUUCAUCAAAGUGAUCGCCACAGCAGAAAUUCUUGAGGAUGGACUAUUUGGGGUUGGAGUAAUCGGCCCGACAGCCUUCGACACAGUGGUUCGCAGCAUUCUUGUCGUGCCGGAAGGAGUUGAACGACGCGUAACUCACUCAUUUCUUCUUGAUCCGCAAGGAGUGUUGCGUGACGAGGCGCCAGACAAAGUCAAUACAUCUCCUCCUUCAACAGGGAUGAAACACGAUCGAGUUGUUAAUAACGGUAUGCAGGUAGACAAUGUGUUUCUCAAAGUUCCUUCCCGGGCAAUUCCAGGAUCACUAAGAGCUGUUUUGUCACUCACAGGAAACCUCAUUGGCCCGGUCGUGACAACUUUGAUAACCGGUGGCCUGGAAAACCUUCUGCACAUGCCCAUGGGCUGUGGAGAACAGACUAUGAUAUUCCUGGCUCCCAAUGUUUAUGUAAUGCAGUAUCUGUUGAGAACCAGACAGGUUACCGCUGAGAUAGAAUCGAAGGCUUACAGGAUGAUUCAAUCAGGAUAUCAAAGGGCUCUUAAUUACCGCAGGAAGGACAGGUCCUUCAGUGCCUUCGGCGAGCAUCGCCCCGGUAGCACUUGGUUGACUGCCUUUGUGGUGAGGGUUCUCUGUGCGGCACAAAAGUUCGAUGGUGUCGAAAUUGACCAUGCCCUAGUCUGUGAUUCAGUAAGCUGGCUCCUUGAAAACCAGCGACAAGAUGGAGCUUUUCCUGAAGUCAAGGAUAUCAUUCACAAAUCCAUGAUGGGUGGUACACAUGGCGACGUGGCAAUGACUGCUUUUGUCUCAGUGGCCCUCCUCGAAUGUGGGUGUCAUGGACAGAAUAAGAGUCACAGGAUUCAGAAUGCUGUGGCUUUUAUGGAAUCCGAGUUGGACAGCAUCAGUAAAGUUAACACUUUGGCGCUUACCACAUAUGCCUUGGCUUUAGCUGGCAGUAGGAAGAGCUCUAAAGCAAACGCAAAACUGCUUCGGAUGCAGACCUACAACAAAGACAAAUCAACUCGUUUUUGGGAUGCUGGAAACCAAGCUUUGAACGUGGAAACGACCGCUUACGCACUGCUCGCUCAGAUGGCCGUUGGAAGACUGAAGUUGGCAGGACCAAUUGUUGCGUGGCUUACUACUCAAAGAGAUCCUCAGGGAGGCUUUGUAUCAACACAGAUCACUCAUUUGCUGAGAGGAGAAAUGUUCAUCGACUCGUUAGGAAGUGGAGUGGGUCAACUUCAGAUUGAAGUGCGCCACAACGUACCGUCGCCCAAAAACGAAACUUGUUCCUUCUCUCUGAAGAUAGAAGUAAGAGAGGAGUUUAGAAAAGACAAUGAUAAAGGCGUGCCAAUCGCUGGACGCUCAAGGCAGAGAAGAGAUUAUGAUGCAAGAGAUAGAAAAGCUAGGAAAUGCAAAGGAAAGAAGAGGAAGAAAGCGUGCAAAAAGAGGAAGAAGAAUAAAAAGCAUCAUAAAAAGCCAAAAACAGAGGCAAAACCACCAGAUGCUCUGCAUCUCAGGAUCUGUGUAAAAUAUCUGAAGGCCGGUAAAUCUGGAAUGACAAUAAUGGAUAUUGGUAUUUUCUCUGGCUUCACUCCAGAUAAGGAUUCACUUGUGGAGCUUAUGAAAAACGUCCGGCCAACCGCAGACCGCUUUGAAUUUUCUGACAGAUCUGUCAUAUUAUAUGUCAGCGAGAUUUCUAGUAUCGAUGAAUUUUGUGCCACAUUUACUGUGAACAGAGUGUUUGAUGUGGGAACAGUCCAACCAGUUCCUGUCAAAGUCUAUGAUUAUUACAAACCGGAUGAGUCCUGUACAGAAUUAUAUUCACCCUCUACAAGAAGUGCAUUACUGGGAGGCAUUUGUGAAGAGGGCUAUUGUAGAUGCUCUCAAGCUAUUGGCUUCUAUAUUUUCUUGCAAAAAGUGAUACUGAUAAAAAUAUCAUAUUACUAGUGCCUUCUAUACCUCCAUCGUGAGCAGAAAUUUGUCUACAUAGUGCGUUUUAAUAAAGAUUGUUUUUGUCUAA